AUGAUUAAAAACACCUGGUCUUAAAACACAACCUCUUUUUUUUGACGUAUCUAUUAAAACAGUGUUUUAUUUUUGUACGUAAAAAAUUUAAAAUUUUUACUCCAAGAAGUUUAUCAAUUGUUUUAUUGAGUUUUUUUUUCUUUAUUAAAAAAUGGAAGAUUAUACAAUCACUGGAAGAAUUGGUGAGGGUGCUCAUGGCUUAGUUUUACGGGGCGUACAUUGUAAAAGUGGUAAACAUGUAGCGUUGAAACGUAUUAUGAUGAAAAAAAUAGAGGAUGAAAUACCUGUAUCUAUAAUACGAGAAAUAAAAAGCCUGCAAGAAUUGAAUCAUCCAUAUAUAAUAAAACUUUUAGAUGCAUUUCCAUCAGGGUAUGAUUUCAUAAUGGUAUUUGAUUAUAUGCCGUCUGGAUUGUGGGAACUAUUAAGAGCCAAUGACAGACCAUUGACGGUGCCACAAAUUAAAAUUUACUUUAAGAUGCUUUUAGAGGGUGUACAUUAUAUGCACAAAAAUAAUUUUAUGCAUCGGGAUCUGAAGCCCGCUAAUUUAUUAAUAGACAAUGAAGGGAUAUUAAAGAUAGCUGACUUUGGACUGGCAAGAUUAAUGUAUGAUGAUAGUACCCAUCCAUAUUCCCAUCAAGUGGCAACGAGAUGGUAUCGAGCGCCAGAAUUAUUGUACGGAUCGAAAAUUUAUACGUCUGCUAUUGAUAUGUGGUCAAUUGGUUGUAUAUUCGGGGAGAUGAUUAAUAGUUCUCCAUUAUUUCCGGGUGAAACAGAUAUCGAGCAACUGGCAAUCGUUAUAAAGCAACUGGGCUCACCAACACCAGAAUCGUGGCCUGAAUUAAAAACUUUACCUGAUUAUAAUAAAAUAACUUUUCCAUAUCAGAAAAGUGUACCAUGGGAACAAAUUGUCCCUGAAGCAUCACCCGAUGCUUUGGAUAUUGUGCGUUCCUUAUUGAUUUAUAAUUCAUCUAAACGACUGACUGCUGAAGAGGUAUUAAAACAUGAUUACUUUUACGUACCACCUUUCCCGUGUGAUAUCAAACAGUUACCAAAACCACCAAGUGAUCAUAGGAAUCAGUUCAAAACUAAAGAAAUUAAUUGUAACAUUAAACCAACUGAAUUGUUUGCUGAUUUAUUAAAGAUAAUGUGAUGACAACUUA